UGCUGAGCGAUGCGGCACGCCGUAGCAGCAGCAGCAGAAGCAGCAGCAGCACCAGAAGGAGCAGCAGACUCAGCAGCAGCAGCAGCAGCAGCAGCAGCAGCUGAAGGAGUAGCAGCAGCAGCAGCAGCAACAGCGGCAGCAGCAGCAGUGGCAGCAGCAGCAGCGGCAGCAGCAGCAACAGCAACAGCAGCAGCAGCAGAAGGAGCAGCAGCAGCAGCAGCAGCAGCAGCAGUAUCUACAGCCAUCCCCAUCCUCCCCUCCUCUUUGAGCCGCCGCGGCUUGCAGUCACACAGCCGCGUCGUGGCGGGCGCCCACGUGGCGGCCGCACCAACCCUCAGGGAGGGGGUGGAGGUGGCGGUUGUGGGGGCAGCGGAGCCGGCGGCGGUGGUGGCGGGGUCGAGGGUGGCAGCAGUGGUGGUGGUGGAGGCAGUGGUGGCUCAUCUGGUAGCCGUGGUGGCCGCCCUGGCACUCUUCCCCCAUGUUCCUAUCUUCGCCGUUUUGGUCCCAGGGCGG